AAUAACAUAAAAAAAAAAAACUUCAGUUAGACCCCAGGGGCAAACCAUGCUGAAAGGGGAACAGUCGCCCUGCACUGCUUGCUUACCACUCUUGGGAGUUUUACAGGAAACAUGCAGAAGAGAAGAGGUAGGGCUUUCACCUCAAGCCUUGGAUUGGAAAGACAUCCUCUAGUCUCCCAGAGAGGAAGCUUAUUUGCCCGAAAAGGCUGGUGCUUACUCUGCUCCUCUCUCCCUGGGCACACCAGGCUCCAAAUGCUCUAGCAGGGCAAGAGGCCGGUCGGGGAACAUGGGAAAGGCAGAGCAGCAGACAGCCCAGGGCAGAUGGGGCUGUGUAUCUCUCACCCAGCUCAUCAGGCCACACGCUGCUGCAGGCCCAGGUGAGUUUCCUUAGUGGAGGAGAGACAGGGUCUCCAGAGUGCCCCCCUAGACCACACGGGUCUGUGGCCCGAGCCAUCCUGGCGCUGCCCCCCGGCCUCCCAUCUGUGAGGAGGUCUAGAGUUUUCAUCCUAUUUUUAAAGCUGGGGGAGGUCUUGCACAAAAAUAAGCUAAAAAUCUCUGUUAGAGGCCAGCACUAAUACAGCUGCACUAUUGGGAGUUUUUCUCAAGAAUAUAUUCAGAAACAUUAAUUCAACCCAUAGCUGAGUUGUUCUCCAAGCCAGGGGCAGGGCUAGAAGUGGGGAGUGCAGUGGUGACCCAGAAUGGAUGCAGACUGUGUCACCGAGGAGCACAGGCACAAACCGGAUAAUCACACAGGUGCACAUCCGACCCCAAGCCAGGAACUGCUCUGGGGAAAGGAACCUGAUUUAAUGCGCAGUGUGACUUGGCGGAUGUUGUUUUUUAUUUUUAUAUUUUCAUUUUUGAAUUGGGAAUGCACUCAUGUUCAAAAACUCAGGAGGGUUGUAAAGUGAAAAGUCUUCCUCCUCACCCACUCGCAUUCCCAGCCUUUCCCGAGGCCACACGGAUGCCUUACGGACGGGCGAGUAGGCCAUGUGCCGUCAGACCGGGGAAGAGAAGCUGGCGGAAAGACAUGACCCUCGAAGUGGAAGCACAGUGAUGGCUUACUCAGAGGAGCAAGGUGGGGUCCCCUGUGGUUUCAUCCGCCAGAACUCCAGCAACUCCAUUUCCUUGGACUUUGAGCCUCACACAGAUUAUUGGUUUACGGAGCCGCUGGAAGAGCGCUACAAAUGUGCCUUCUGCUGCUCCGUGCUGCACAACCCCCACCAGACGGGCUGCGGGCACCGCUUCUGCCAGCACUGCAUCCUGUCCCUGAGAGAAUUAAAUUCAGUGCCAAUCUGCCCUGUAGAUAAAGAGGUGAUCAAGACUCAGGAGGUGUUUAAAGACAAUUGCUGCAAAAGGGAAGUCCUCAAUUUAUAUGUGUAUUGCAAAAAUGCCCCUGGAUGUAGUGCCAAGAUGAUUCUGGGACGAUAUCAGGACCACCUGCAGCAGUGCCCGUUCCAGGCCAUUCCAUGUUCCAACAAGAACUGCCGGGAAGCUGUGCUGCGGAGAGACCUGCAGGAGCACCUGAGCACACACUGCCAGUUCCGGGAGGAGAGAUGCCUUUACUGCAGGAAGGACAUAGUAGUGGUCAAUCUCCAGAAUCAUGAGGAGAACUUGUGUCCUGAGUAUCCAGUAUCUUGUCCCAACAAGUGUUCGCAGAUUAUUCCAAGAACCGAGGUGGAUGAACAUCUUGCUGUGUGUCCAGAAGCCGAACAACACUGUCCUUUCAAGCACUAUGGCUGUGCUGUAAAGGGUAAGCGAGGUAACCUGCAGGAGCAUGAACAGUCAGCCUUGCGAGAACACAUGCUCCUGGUUCUGGAGAAGAACUUCUGGUUGGAAGAGCAGAUCUCUGACUUAUAUAAGAGCCUAGGGCAAAAAGAAAGUAAAAUCCAGCAGCUAGAGGAAACUGUGAGGAAAUUUGAAAAGGAGUUCAAGCAGUUUGCACAGUUGUUUGGCAAAAAUGGAAGCUUCCUCUCAAACAUACAGGUGCUUGCCGGUCACAUUGACAAGUCUGCCUGGCUAGAAGCUCAAGUGUGUCAGUUGUUGCAGAUGGUUAACCAGCAGCAACAUAAGCUUGACCUGAGGUCUUUGGUGGAAGCAGUUGAUGCAGUGAAACAAAAAAUCGCCCUGUUAGAAACCAAUGACCGACGAUUAGUUGUUUUAGAAGGGGAGACUAACAAACAUGAUGCCCACAUUAAUAUCCAUAAAGCACAGCUGAAUAAAAAUGAAGAGCGAUUUAAACUGCUUGAGGGUGCCUGCUAUAAUGGGAAGCUCAUUUGGAAGGUGACAGACUACAAGAUGAAGAAGAGAGAGGCCGUGGACGGGCACACAGUGUCCAUCUUCAGCCAGCCAUUCUACACCAGCCGCUGCGGCUACCGGCUCUGUGCUAGAGCGUAUCUGAAUGGCGAUGGGUCCGGGAAGGGGACACACCUGUCCCUGUACUUUGUGGUGAUGCGAGGGGAGUUUGACUCACUCUUGCAGUGGCCAUUCAGGCAGAGGGUCACCCUGAUGCUUUUGGACCAGAGUGGCAAAAAGAACCACGUUAUGGAGACCUUCAAAGCUGAUCCCAAUAGCAGCAGUUUUAAAAAACCCGACGGAGAGAUGAACAUCGCAUCUGGCUGUCCCCGCUUUGUGGCUCAUUCCACUUUGGAGCACUCCAAGAACACCUACAUUAAAGACGACACGCUGUUCUUGAAAGUGGCCGUGGACUUGACUGACCUGGAAGAGCUCUAGUCCCUGUUCAUGGAGUGACAAGAAGACCUCUCGAGGCCAGGAGCGCGGAAGAGGACACGCGCGAUGGGUUUAGACUCAGUGCGCCCUCGUAUUGGGCUUUUUGUCUUUUAUGUUUGAAGUUAGUUUAAAACUUCCAAAGUGCUGUUUUCUUCCUACAUUCUACUCUGCUGAAGUUGAAAACAUAGAACUCGUAGACUAUCUUCUUGUUAUUUAUAUUUUACAUCUCACAGAAAAUUUCUUUAACAUGAAGUCUUAGUCUUAUCUCUUACUGGUGCUUAGUGAAGUGUCUCAGGUACUCUGCUCCUAACCCUGAGGACACAAAGGUAGCAGAGUUUCCAGCUGAAAAUGCUUCAGAAUUAAUCAGAUCUAAACACAGUAGCUUAUGUUCUUUUUGGAGACCGUUUGAAGUCACUAGUUGCUAUGAAAAUGGGAAUGUAUAUAAGCUUAGAGUCCAGACUUCUUUCUGAAGAACAGAAAUGAUCGUGUUCUGAGGCAUCUGUCCAUACAGAUCUACAUGUAUCUACAGCUCUUGGCAAGCCUGAGCUUAACCCAAACAAUAGUGUUUUCCUAACUUGAAAUGUACUGUUGCCAUUGGUCCUACAUGGGCUGGUUCUCCCGAGUUUUGGGAGACAAGUGCCAGGGCCUCAGGGCAACCACACAUCUUCCCAUUUCUGUGCAGUUCACCCUACUGAAGAGCCAUGGAUUGUAUUACUUACUUCUAGGAAUGACAGGAACCUUCUUAGCUUCUCCUGAGCAAUUUUCAAGAUGCUAAAGACUCAUACCAUAGGUGUCACCCGAGUAUUAAAUUCAAAGAAAUACAUGCACAGUAGAAUUGUACUUGAGAACUACACUGUGGCUUCUGGCAAGCUCUAGUAUGGUGGCGAUCAACACAUCAACUCAGAUAGCAGGACACAACCUCUAACCCACAAGGCCAGACUGGGGUGUCGUGUUCCUUUGUUUCUAACCAUGUCCAAGGUCACUCUGUCUCCUGGGAGCUGAAGAUCAUGUUGUAAUUAGUUUUUAAGCAGUUGAUUUGGAAAAUAUUUUAAAGUGAGCUUGCAAAAUACUGGCUUUGUCUAUUAAUAACUUCAGUGUAUACAAAGCAUGUCAUGGUAUGGUUUAGGAAUUCAGGCUCCAUCACUGAUACAGUGAUUAAGUGAAAGUAGUGUUUCACAAGAGUUUUGAUUUUUAUUUUUUAAAGUGGAUCCAUGUAAACAAUUUUCCUCUCAUUUUAUCUAAUUA